AGAAGCAAGCUGAGAAUGGUCCCUCUAUGUGAAGUUCUCAUUUAUCACGCUCUCCGUUUCCCUCCAAAGGAAGAAGUGGAUGAGUUUGCGAAGCUGAGUCCAGAGGAGCAGCAGAAAAGACUGAAAGCAAUCAUAAAGAAAAUUGACUUGGAUUCAGAUGGCUUUCUCACAGAGGCCGAGCUAAGUACGUGGAUUCAGCAGUCUUUCAAGCAUUAUAUUGUGGAAGACGCUAAGCAGCAGUUCGGUGAAUAUGAUAAAGACGGCGACGGGGAUAUAUCCUGGGAAGAAUAUAAUGUUCAAAUGUACGACCGCGUCAUAGACUUUGAAGAAGAUUCUACUUUGGAGGACGCGGAGGAGGAAUCUUUCCGACAGCUGCACUUAAAGGACAAGAGGAGGUUUGAAAAGGCGAACAGGGACGGAGCUUCCGGUCUGGACCUGAAUGAAUUCAUUGCAUUUGAACACCCCGAGGAAGAGGAAUAUAUGAAGGAAUUUGUCAUCCAAGAAGCUUUGGAAGACCAUGAUAAAAACGGGGAUGGAUUUGUGAGCCUGGAAGAGUUUCUUGGCGAUUACCGACGAGAUCCAACGGCUAAUGAAGAUCCAGAAUGGAUACUCGUUGAGAAGGAUCGAUUCAGAAAUGAUUACGACAAGAAUCAGGACGGGAAACUCAACCCUCAGGAGCUGUUGGGUUGGGUGGUGCCCAACAAUGAGGGUAUUGCUCAGGAGGAGGCGGUACACCUUAUCGAAGAGAUGGAUUCCGACGGCAACGGGAAGCUUUCAGAAGCGGAGAUUCUCCGGAACCAGGACCUGUUUCUCAACAGCGAAGCCACAGACUACGGUAGACAGCUCCACGACGAACGUUUCUACCACGAAGAACUGUAAUUUCCAAACAACUUUCCCUUUGUCUGUUCUCUGUCCCAGCACUGGAGAGAAAAAAAAACCAAACUUCUUGCUACUGUAAUAUAGUAGAAUCUGCAGCUAUCUUUGCAUUAUCAAGUUUAUUUUCACCCGGGGGUUGCUUUAAAUGCCCUGGGCCUUUCAAAACGUGUCACCAGGAAACUGGUUUUUUGAAAAAAGACGGGGAAAACGUCCCAAGCGUCCUUGUUUUAAUACUGCUUUUUUUGAAACGUACUUGAAAAUGCAAAGAUUCGACAUUCCGGUCAGGUAGAAGACUGCCAUUAGUUUCCGAUGGUUGGCUUUUCGAGUUUUGAGAAGGAGGAAAAUAAAAGAGGGAAAGGGUUGGUUUGGGUUACGUGUUCUUGAUCUAAUCGCACUUCUGCAGGACUGUUUGGCCCUCUAAGGCGUCUGUGUAUAUUAAAUAACUUCUCUAGAGGGUGUUUAUAUGAUCUGGAAAUCUUAUUUUUGCAUCUAGAAUAGCGGUUAUUUUUAUUGUAAUUGAGAUAGCGUUAGAGAAUGUACCGUAUUUAAGUAAAAACGUUUAUUUACUUGUCAGAUUAAAACACUCAAAUGCC